CCACGGUUAUAAUAAGCCUAAACACAUACCUAAUUUCGUUUUCUUUGGUCAAUACUAAUUGUAGGUGAAUAGUGAUUCCUUCAAUUACUUUCUAAAGAAUCCACAGGUCAUCGUGAAUGGUGUUUGGGACAAGUUAAGUUACGGCAUGAAAAUUCGCAUAUGCAUGCACAGAGGUAGAUGAAAAUUCCCCGCCCAGCUGGGGGUAAGAAAAGUGUAGCGAUCAUUUAAGAUCCGACCGGGAAUCGGAGGUGGAAUAUUGCUAAUGUAGUUUUCUGCUAAGAAAAUGCAUUGUCAUACUGCAACGGUGGUGAAUCUUGUAAGCGACCGGAAACAAGGAGAGGUAGGCCCAACCAACCAAAUCGAAGUUUAUUUUUAAUAUGAAUGCCACAAGCGAUUAAAAUUAGGUUGGACUGUUUGAGAGAUGGAAGCAGGCUGUUUUGCUAUUUUUGUACUUCCUUCUUCGUUUCUUAGGUUCUUCUUUUUAUCAUCUUGCCCAUGCGUGCCCUACAGCUUUCAUUGGCUGUUCGGCGGAAAUCCUAGACGCAUCAUGUACUGUACACAAGUUAGGUUGUUCCGCGUUUUAAAGAGUACGAACUAUACUUGCUUAUUCACUUUUUGUAUGUGGUAGUCCAAUGUAUUAUUGAUCUAACCUGCUAAGCUAACUAUCGUUAUUAGUAAUGAUAGUAUUAAUAAUCAGUACAGUUAUACUUACUAGUAAUUAUAACUCAUAGUAGAUUGUAGAUUAGCAGUGAUAAGUUUAAGGUUACAUUGUUUGAGGUUUAAGUUUGGCAGGCAAAUAGUAGGGUUAGGAGGGGCUUUACAAAGAGCAAAAGGGAGAGGUAGGAUGUUACUAGGAAUAGCAAUGGGGCAGGUCCGGGGCGGGGCCUCAUGGCAGGUAGGGUACAGGUCGAGUAAUUUGUCAUUUGGUCACGGGUCAGGGCAGGUCGACCCAAUGAAUAUGUAAUUUAUAUGAAAAAACAUUAGAAAUAAUCGUUAUUUUCAUUAAAAUACCAAGAAACAAAUCAUGAUAUGAUAAAAUGUAGUUAAAUUAUUGGAGAAAUUGAGUUUUCCACUUACUUACAACUUAAUUAUACCUAAAAUAUAAGGUAAUAAAAGGAAAAUCCUAUGUAAUUUGACUAAAAUUACAUGUAAUUUAGGCAAGAACGGGUCGAGAAUGGGGCAGGUGAGGGCAUGUCGGGUCGAUGAGAGGUAUCCACGUCCUCCCCAAAACAGGUCGGCUAAAACGGGUCAGGUCGAAAUUGGCAUCGCACUGGUAAACAUAAGAAGGGAUAUAGGAGGAGGAGCAGGGAGCAAUAGUAGUUGCUGCUAUCCUUCCUAAGACGACUAAGUGGGAAGGGAAUGGAGAUCAUGUGGGAUACAACAGGAGGCAAUAAAUACAGCAGAGAAAGCAGUUCACCGUUGAAAACAACUGUGUACAUUUUCGAUCUUACUUUGGCAUUAAAUGGAGGCUGUGAAUGGCCAUAUGUUUCAUUCAUUCUUUCUUUCAUUUUCACAGUAGUAUAGUAUAGGGAUUAAUAAUAAGGUUACAUAUGAGCCAUGGAUGCUCUGCUCUGCUCAUUUACACGAUGACUUGUGCACUGCGACAUUUAACUAAACCAAAUGAGUGGAUGAGAAAACCAAUUGAUUGAAAUUUCAAAACAUAAAACAGUAGCCUUUAACAAAUUGCCAGCCAGCCAUGAGUUAAGUGCAAGAAACAGUUUGCCUUAUUUUCUCCCUCCCUCUCUCACUCUCUCUUUACAUGGCCAUCCAGUUUGUCAUAUUGCACUGUGUUACAAUUAAACAGGAAAACUUGGUCUUGUCCCCCUUGGAGGUUCAACCACCACCUAACCAAACCCAUUUCCCUCCCUCCCUCGGCCAACGAAAUUAUCGAUGUACGUUAAAUGAAACAAUCAAACUAGCCUACUAGAUUCAUUAAUUCGCCUCUCCUUCUCCUCCUUAUAAUGUGAGACUUGACCCAUUUCCCUUCUUUCCCAUCUCUCCCUCCAUAAAAAGUAAAGCCACGGAGAAGGGAGAGCCAAUCCCACACGCCUGAUUCCCUCCAUUUCCAUCCCUCUUCUCUGAUAUUUGGCACUUGCUCAAUCAAACCAGGUUCAUCACUCUGUUUUAGUAACAUUACUACUGAGAAGGUGCCCACAAAACCCAAUUUCCAUUUGCAUUGUGGUGUCAUUAUAAGUAAGGGAUCCAAAUCCAAAUCCCAAUCCCCUGCUAGCUACUACUACUGUUGAUGACAGUUUGGCUUCUCCUUCUUAAUUGGCCUACCAAGGAGGCGGCCAUUUGUUCUUCCUUCCUUCAUUAUAUCCCCAACUCCCCUCUUCCCCUGUUCUGCUUGAUCACCUCCUAACCCAAAAAUAAAAUGGCUGCAUUAGCCAUGGAAAAACCCAAAAUGGCGUUGAAUUGGAUGGGCAGAGUGAUCCACGAGGCAGUGAGCUUCGUCGUCUUCUCGUUCCUCGACCUUCUCGAUUUUGUCCUCUGUUUCGCUUACAAGCUGCUGGAUUUCUUGAUUGAGGCAGAGUGGAAGCCCUGUUACUGUACGUCGGCUAAAGAGGCAAUCACCAGCAGCGGCAAGAUCUUGGUUUCUGAACACGGCGAGUCCAGAAUCGUUUCCCUUACUUCGACGAAGCUCGAGCUUGAAGAAGUCUCUGAUACUCUGUUUUCCAGACCUUCUCUCGUGUCUGAGGUUUCCAAGUUCACUGUCAGCGAGGUCGUCAGGAGCGUCGCUUUGCGGCAUUGCGCGGAGUCGACGGUGACGGCGGUGAGAUCCAGCUUCACCGUCAACUCCGCCGUAGUGGAAAUGCUGCAGGGGAAGAUCGGCGGCGGCGGCGGUGAGAGGCAGAGGAUGCGUCCUGCCCCUCGUUGGUCCGACUGCGACUGUAGAUUCUGCACCAGUUGGAGCUCUUCCGGCAGAGAGGAUUUGUUCGUCAGAGUCCAAGGACCAAAAGAUCAUAACAAGGCGAAAGAAGAUGUUCUGUUCAUCCACGGGUUCAUCUCUUCGUCGUCGUUUUGGACGGAGACUCUGUUCCCGAACUUCUCGGCGACGGCGAAAUCUACAUACCGGAUGUUCGCGGUGGAUCUGCUGGGCUUCGGGCGAAGCCCAAAGCCCAGUGAUUCGCUGUACACGGUGAGAGAGCAUCUUGAGAUGAUCGAGCAAUCGGUCCUGGAGGCGCACAAGGUGAAAUCCUUCCACAUUGUGGCUCACUCGCUGGGCUGCAUCCUCGCCCUCGCACUUGCCGUCAAACACCCCGGUUCCGUCAAGUCUCUCACCCUCCUCGCCCCCCCGUACUUCCCGGUGCCGAAAGGUGUACAGGCGACGCAAUACGUGAUGAGGAAGCUGGCGCCGAGGAGGGUGUGGCCGCCGAUUGCGUUCGGCGCGUCGCUGGCGUGCUGGUACGAGCACAUCACCCGCACGAUUUGCCUGCUCAUCUGCAAGCAGCACCGCCUCUGGGAAUUUCUCACCAAACUAGUCACCAGGAACAGGGUGAGGACUUUCUUGCUAGAAGGUUUCUUCUGCCACACCCACAACGCGGCCUGGCACACCCUCCACAACAUCAUCUGCGGCACCGGCAGCAAGCUUGAUGGCUACCUCGACGAAGUCCGUGACCGGCUCAAAUGCGACGUCAACGUCAUCCACGGCAACGACGACGAGCUCAUCCCGGUGGAGUGCAGCUUCAACGUGCAGCGGAGGGUGCCACGUGCCAGAGUUAAGGUGGUUCACGACAAGGACCACAUCACCAUUAUUGUGGGCCGACAGAAGGCCUUCGCCAGGGAACUCGAGCACAUCUGGAGGCGGGCUUCUUCCUCGUCGUUAUCAUCGUGAGCAUGGUCAACGGAUCUUGACCGACCGGGUUCGAGAUGCUUGUUGUUAAUUAAUUAAUUAGUCGUAAAAGCAAAAGAUAUAAAUAUUGAUAAAAAGUUAUUACUUAGUUCAUUUCACCAUAAAAGAGUGUCGGUCCAGUCGAGGUGGGCUGACGAGGCAGAAGCCCAACAACUCCAAGGCCCAGAUUGGCAGGUUUUUUUUUUCUCGUUUUCCUACUACUACUGCUGGUGCUACAUCAACAAAAACAUAAAUAUGAAGAGAAGAAGUACUACUGGAAAGCUACUGUGUGCUUGCUGCUUGAUCUCAUUAGUUAUGAAAAAUUUUCUUCCUUUUUUUUAUUUCUCUUCCAUAUAUUUAUAGAUAAUAGGACUGUGAUUAAUUGAGGGUUGCGAUGGGUUGGCAUGGUUGAAACAUAAUCGUGCCUCAUUCUACUACACAUAUGUGUGAGUUUUAUAAAAGUGAAAAUCAUAAAUAAUAAUUCCAACUCUUA